GAAGAAAAUAUAUGGAAGAAGCAAACUUGUGGAUCAGAGCCACAGCCUAAACGGUCACCGAGAAUCUUCUCUCAAAGCUUUGCAAUUACGUGCCUUUCUCUUUUCCUUCUUCUCUCACCACAUAUUCUCUUAGAUUCCUUUGGAUUUUCUCUUCCUCCCUCCCUCCCUCCCUCGCCCGCCCUCAACUUGCUCGAUGAAAAGUCCUAACUAGCUUCUUAGUUAUUGUUAUAAGCCAGGUUCCACUUGCGUAUCAUCACUGCUCCAUCGUCCAUGGAGGUGCUGCAGCUUGCUUCCACUCACGUCAUCUCUUCCUUCCGCCGUGCUCCACGCCACCGAAAGACCACUGCUUCCACCUCCUCGCAGCUUCCUUCUCCUUCCAUCCGCCGCCCGGAGGGAGAGCGGCGAUCCACAUGGAGUAGUGGUAGUGCUAGUGUUUCUUCGCCGGUGCCGUGGAGAUCGAGGGAGGACGGUGCUAUCGUUGGUUCAGGCGCUGAUGAGCUCGAGCUGUUCCUUGAUCUGGUGCCGCCGAGGAUGAGGAGAGGCUUGGCGCGCCAUGGUGAGGUGAGGGAGCUGAUUGAGGUCGUCAUGGAUCUUGGGAGGAAGCCGAUCGCGCGGUUUCCGUCGGGGGAUUGGAUUGUUUCCGACGAGCCUGUUAAACUUGUGGAUUUACGGCACGCCAUAGGCAAGGUGGGAGACUUUUCUGUUGACAAUCGUUCGGGAGUUGAUCAUUCUUUGCACCGAAUAAGUGCGAUUCGGAACCGUAAGAAGGACAUAAUUGGGUUGACUUGUCGAGUUGGACGAGCUGUUUCUGGGAGUGCGGAGAUGGUGCGUGAUUUAGUUGAGGGUGAAGGUUCCAUCUUGGUCAUAGGCCCCCCUGGAGUUGGCAAGACUACUUUGAUCAGGGAAAUAGCUAGAGUGCUGGCUGAUGAGCACUUGAAACGUGUUGUCAUAGUGGACACAUCCAAUGAGAUUGGAGGUGAUGGGGAUGUACCUCACUCCGGAAUAGGACGGGCUCGCAGAAUGCAAGUUCCUGAUGUUAAUAUGCAGCAUAACGUUAUGAUUGAAGCAGUUGAAAACCAUAUGCCACAAGUUAUUAUAAUUGAUGAAAUUGGAACUGAACUUGAAGCAAUGGCUGCAAGUACCAUUGCCCAGAGAGGUGUCCAGCUUGUUGGCACAGCCCAUGGUGUUACAAUAGAGAGCAUCAUAAAGAAUCCAUGUUUACAGGUGCUGGUUGGAGGCAUCGAGAGUGUUACACUUGGUGAUGAUGAGGCGAAAAGAAGGAAAGUGCAGAAAACAAUACUUGAGAGGAAAGGCCCUCCUGCUUUUACCUGUGCAGUGGAAAUAGUAUCAAAGAAUGAGUGCAGAGUUCAUCACAAAUUGGAAGCCACUGUGGAUGCUAUUCUUGCCGGUAAAUCUCCUCUGUUUGAAGUGCGAAAGCUGGAACCUAAGCCUAAUGAAUCUAGGGGCCUGGCUCCAGUUAUUGAUAAGAGCUUCGAAGAUCGAGCACCUGUCACCAGUACCCUGAAUGAGGAUUCAGAGAAAAUUACUGAGCAAGCAUCCGCAGCUGUUUCAAGACGUAAUAAGCAUGGAAGCAAUACUAAAUCAGAUUUGAGUAAUCCUAUACGUGUAUAUAUUUACAAGAUUUUGGAAGCUGAUCUAUUACAAGUAGCAAAAGUAAUGGGUCUUGAGGAUAAGAUAGACGUCACUGAUGACAUUGGAACAGCCAAUGUGGUUGUUGUAUCAAGUUCUGAAAUGAAGGAGAAUCCCUGGAUACGUAGUGUGGCAAAAUACCAUCAAUUACCAGUUUUUGUGAUUAAGGAAAAUACAAUGGCCCAAAUGGUAAAAGCAGUUAGAAUGGUUCUUGGGGUGAACUCAUUUGGAUCUACUACAAAAAUACCAUUGGAUCAUGCAGAAAACAUUGAGAUUGAAGAUGACGCACCGAAGAGAAAACCUACGUUAGAGGAGAUUGAUGCCUUGGAGGAAGUUCGAAUGGCUAUCGAAUACAUCGUAAUACCAGGGGGAGAGCCUGUGGAACUCCUUCCUAGAUGCUCAGAAAUAAUAGCUCGGCAAUUAAAGCUCGUGGAGAGCUACCAACUCGCAGCUGAGAAGUCGGGCACAGAGUUAAAUUCAAGGUUGCAGAUUCUUCCAAUGAAAAUAAGCAAGAAGGGUUCCUCUACAAGAAGAUGUUCUGAAUCCCAUCUGAGAAAGCAAGCAAAAAUUGACUCCUUAACCAGUGGGAAUUCAGGUACAAGUUUCUCUAGGCUUCCCUUUUUACCCAAAUAUUCAUGAAUCCAUGAUUUGCAUAUGAGUUUUGGGCUAUAUUCUUUACAUAUAUUGUAUGUACAGUAAUGUAAAUGUUCUGAAUGUAAAUCAUACUCAUUCUUUUAGUAAAAUAAUAUGCAAUCACAAGUUACAUUAGUUGCCAUGAAAUUGGCUUAAUUC